AUGCCUUCCAAGCGUAUCCAGCCCCAGUGGACAUUUCUUGCACUAGCGUAUUCUGCCAGCGAUGCCGUAAUUCGGAUUGAGUCAAUGAAGUAUUCCAGGAUAGCAAAGAGUGCGCUGCAGCCUUGCAGCGUCUAUCACAUGGCCGCGCCACACAAAAUGCGCGUGAGGGAGCGUCUUUGCCGAGCCAAGACGUGCAAGGAAGUUGCAGGGGACGGAAAACCGUGGGUUGGGCGGGGAUCGGACGAGGACCUGUUUCUUGUGGGCAUCACUACCAAGAAUCUCCUACGAAAGGCCGCACGUGACCCCUCGUCCUUCGUCAUUCACAUGGACGCAGCGUUCAAGCUGUCUCAAGAUUGUGUAAUGCGUUCUAGCGUGCGUUUGACCUCGGCACUACGCGGCUUCGACUCCGGGCUUAAGCGAGCUUAUCGUGCUCGGUGUGAGGGUGGCUGGUGCCUUAAUCCUCAUCCUCGGCGUGUCACGUCAGCUGCGACUUUCUUCUCGCUGAUCGUGACAGCUUCUUUCGCUACUGCGGACAUCGCAGCACACGCCAUCGCAGACUACAACACCUCAGCAACCGCAGCGACCUCGAUCACGUCGCCUACGUCAACAACGUCCGUCGUCUCGGGCUCGGUCGCGGGCACCAACGGUCUCUUGUAG